AUGUGCGAACUGCGUGAUUGGAAAAUUUGUGUGUUGUUUAUAGGAAAAGUUUUUCCACCAUCUGAUGGAACCAGCUUGGUAUUUGCACGUGGAUCAACUGAGAGAAUAGUGUGGUCAUAUGAUGAUGAAAUAGAAGCGUUGAGUCGUCGGAUUUGGACUUUCGAAAGAUUUGCAUUUGUUGACGCUGACGGUGGGGUUAAUAUAUUAACCAGCUUAUUUGAGGUUGCAAUAGAAAAGCCAGCAACAUUGGUUUUAAGAAACAUUAAUGAAACUUAUGGUGGAACAUACAAGUUUAGUCUUCAACCCAGCAAUGGUGGUGGUGAAUCUGAAGUUGUCGUUUCUAUCGCAGGCAAGUUUUCGUCUAUCUUGUAAACUCCUGCUAGUCUUUUUUCUCAAAAUUCAUUUCCAUCAGUCAUUUUUGGUUUGCAUAGGCAUAGCUAAGUCCUCGAGACAACAUCUACAAACUGAUUUAAUUUUCAAUACAUAUAGUAUUAGUGCACUGUUGUCUCAUUGUCGUGAGUAGACUUGGCAAAAAUAGCUUCAUUUUGGAUUUCCAAACUUUUUGUUUAACUGGUAAUUGUAAUUGUGCUGCAGUCGAAGUCUUCAUUCUCAAUGACUUAUAGUUUGAUCAAUGAAAUUAAAUUCAUAGUUAUCAUUUUUUACGUUAUGGGAUUUUAGAGACCACCAAAUUAAUGGCACUCUUUUUGGACGUCAGUGCACGUCAUUUCCAUAGCCUUUACAUGGGAUUGAAAAUCAGAAAAUAGCAGGGGAGAUUAAUUUACAGUCGUGCCAAUAGAACCGUUCCGAAAAAUGUUGACCAAUUCAUUUCCUAACUUAAAGGAACACCUCUGAACAAUUCCUUAACAAUUUGAUAAGUUCCUUAAAAAGUUCCUGUUUUAUUAACCUGAUAGAUUGCUCAAAAAUAAAAUAUAAAUUUGAUUGGUCAAUGAAACAGGAAGUUAGGAACUUUUUAAGGAACUUAUCAAAUUGUUGAGGAAUUGUUCAGAAGUGUUCCGUCAAGUUUAUAGGAAAUGAAUUGGUCAACAUUUUUCGGAACGCUUCUAUUGGCACGACUGUAAGUAUUCUGAAAAUAUCCAAAUAUACAUCAAUUGUUCAAUAUUGUUGCAUCGUCAGAUAAUGAAACCUUUUGGAGACGUCCACAAAGAAACUUUAGAUGUGAAGUCCAUGGUCACAAGUAAAGUGACCAAUUAUUGCGUUAUUGCGGUACGACAACGCAUUGCUGUUUUAUCAAGAAUCUGCUAUCCUUUAAUCUUUAAUCUUUAGUGCCAAAAGAUAUUGCAUGUCUUUAGUGCCAAAAGAGACGACAGUGGGACGUACAGAUGUGAAGCGAAAAGCCAUGAAGUUGCAAAGAAUGACACAGAAAUUGAAUUUAUUGUAAAUUGUAAGUAUAUAGUUGGUACUGUAUACUACGCAUCGCAGUAGUCGGUUGAGACCUGCAUGCAUGUUUGUUGCAUUUUAAAAUCAUCAGGACGGCCCAAUCCUUCCUCAUUCUUUCUUCCCUUCUUCUUGCAUACGUAUAUAUUCUGAUCAAACGGUACAUAACAUGGAACUACAAUUGCUAUUUGCUUUUAUAAUUGUUAUGAUCUGUCGGACUCACUUCUCUUAAUGGCAAAUAUCAAUGACAAUUUGAUUGCCAUUGAUAAUGUUGUCACAUGUUAUAAUUAUGCGCCGGCGUAAAUCAGCCCAAUGUAUCGAAUCUUGUUAAAAGUUUCUCUAAGUGUUACCAUGAUAUUAGUAACUUAGUUAACUAUGGUGACUAUAGUAUCCAAUUUUUGGUUUUAAUAAAACGGCAGGUAAACAUCAACACUCGAAAAUACUUGAUUUAACAAACGUUAACAUUAGAAAGCAGUCUCAAUUUCUCUACAGAUCCACCUGAAAAUGUAAAGCUGCUGUUGACAAGGAGUGGUAAAUCAGCUACAAUCAGAUGUACAGCUGAAGCUCUUCCUUCAGCAAGUUUCAAAAUAUUCCUGAAUCAAACUAAGAUAGUAGCCCAAACUGAGCAAAUACUUAUUAUACCUGAAGUAAAAAAGAAUCAUGUUGGAUAUUAUACAUGUUUUGCAAGGAAUUUUUUGGGAAAUGAAUCUUCAGAUCGUGAAUAUUUAUCCCCUGAAGGUAAGAUUACAGUAUUUCGCCAAUUUGUCUGGGUAUAAAUAGUCUGGUAAGAAUUGCUCCAAACUGUAGCUAUAUGUGUACACCGACAAUGGGGUAGGAACAUCUUUUUUACAUUCAGAUUUUAUUGAUAUUACUUUCAUUUUCAAAAGCAUGCAGGACCACUAGCAACACAUCGAACGACGAAAGGCAACGAAAUAGAUCGCGGAAUACCACAGUUUUUUAAAUUUUGUUUUAUAUUUUGUUCAGUAUUAUAGAAUUACUCGAUGAUGCAGUUAUAUUGUUAUUUUUCUUUUUGAUCCCCAUAUAUUACCCAUAGCCAUGUUCUCUCUUUUUUAUAUUUACAUAGACAAAGCAUCUUCGAACAACACGAGUCGUGUAACUGAGUGGUAUAUUGUUGUGCUAUUAUUGGUGUCCGGGAUUAUUAUUGGAAUUCUUCUUUCCUACAUUGUCUCAUGUUCUCGUCGUAAAUUUAGAAGUAGGAAACCUCAUUCAAACCCUGAACCAAGUACAACUGAGGCCGAUACAACUGAUUAUCAAGAGCUUGAUCUUUCACAAACGAACACAGAAGACAAUUAUCAAUCAUUGAGAGUAAAUGCUGCAAUUAAUGAGGAGGAGUCAACAUAUAAUGAGUUGAACACAACCAAAGAUGUGGAGAACAACUAUACCAAUCUUUAA